AUGCUGCGAGCUGUCACCGCUGCCGGCCCAAACUACGUCCCCCCCAUGCGGCACUACUUUGGAGGCGCCUGCCUGCUUCAGUGCAAGCAGCGGAUUGAGAAGGCGUUGUCGCCGGCGGUCGAUUGCAAGGCGGUGACGAAGAGUGGCAAGUUCAUCGUCAGCGUACUGCGGCCGAUCAUCGAGCGCAUCAGGGCGAAGCAUGUCGUGGCGUUGUGCACGGACGGCGGCAGCAACUACAAGAAGGCUGGCAAGCUGCUGCGGAAGGAGUGGCCGCAUAUCGAGCUCGUUCCCUGCGCGACGCACGUGCUGGACCUGCUGAUGGAGGACGUGGGCAAGAUGGACUGGGCGCAGGUGGUCGUGACCCAAGCUGACAAUAUGAUCUCUUUCGUGCGGGGGCUCCAGUGCAUGCGCGCCUUCCUGCGCGACCCGGAGCUGCACGGCGAGAAGAAAUCGCUACCGGUGUUGCGCCUGGCAGGCACACGCUUCGGAACGCAGUUCAUCGCAGUGUCUCGUCUGCGCGACGUUUGCCAGCAGCUCACGGCGAUGGUGACGCACAAGGAUUGGCCGGAGAGGGGGGGGAGCAUGGUUACAGGAGCGGAUUUUGAGGGGUGGGUGAUGGACCAGGGGUGGUGGAAGAAGGUGGACGUCUUUCUGCAGGUGAUGGAGCUGUUCUAUAAUGUGAUGCGGAGAACGGAUUCAGCGGCGAAGGGGAUGAUGGGCCAGCUGUACGACAUCAUGCUGCAGCUGACAAAGGAGUUGGAUAAGCUGCUGGAGGGGAGGGAGUGCAAGCUGAAGUCGGAGGAUAAGGAGAAGGUGCGGGAGCAUUUGAGGAGGCGUUGGGGCAAGAGCCUGGCUUGCCCCCUCCACGUGGCAAGCCGGAUCUUGUACCCGGCGAACCAGGAGGAAGGGAUCUUUCUGCAGGAUGCAGAGUGCACCAAGGUCAUGCAGGAGUGGCUGGAGCGACAGAAGGCGUUCGUCGACAAGUACUGGAAGAAGAACCGCGGCAAGAAGGGACCGGUGAGGCCGCUGCAUGAGGGGGUGACGGCCUACAUCAACGGCGAAGGAGGAUUCGGCACACAGACCGUGAUCGAUGGGCGUGGGGAGAUUCAGCUGAGGAAGGGGAACGUGAUGUUGUGGUGGCAGUACAAUGGAUGGGAGUACGCCGACCUGGCGCGCAUUGCGCGGCGCACGCUGUCCCAGGCCAUUUCCGCUUCCCCGUGCGAGCGGGGCUGGUCUACAUGGGAUGGCGUGCACACGGCGUGCAGGAACAGGCUUGGGUCGGCGAAUGUGCGCGACCUUGUGUACAUUGCGUACAGCUGGAAUGUUGUGCACAAGUUCCACAAGGAUGCGGAAGCGGGGCCUAGUGUGGUGGGGAGGAAGGGUGCAGUGGUGGAGGGAAACAUUCCCCCCCCCCCCAUCCCCGAGGGGUACAAGUUGGAGGAGGAUGAGGAGGUGGAGGUGGAGGAGGACGACGUGUGCCUCGAUGAGUGGGCAGAGCAGGAGGCGCUGGAGAAGUAA